UAAGGCAUAGUCCUCAGCUGAGGUCUGCGCUGCUCAGCUCUCAAAAUGCCUAGGUUACUUAUGCUGUCACUCUUCUUGCUGUAAGUGAAAGGUGCUGGACUAGGACAUAAACAUGUUACACAGAAGACACAGCAGCCUUAGCAAAAGAGGAGGAAUAUGGGGAGUGUGCAUCCUCUUGCUUUACACCAGCCCUCUUUCCUGUUUUGCAAAUUUUAGACAAGCAAAAGAACUCAUCUAUAAAAUAAAGGAGGGAUUACCCCGGGAGACCUUCAUUGGGGCCAUUGGAGUAGACUUAAAUUUGGAUUUCACUGUUGAGCCCCCCUUUUUAUUCAGUCUCCUGCAAAAGAAGGUCAGUGAACAGUAUGUGAACCUAAAUAAUACCACGGGGGAGCUUUACACAUCUGCUACAGAGAUUGACAGGGAGACCCUCUGUCCUGAUAACUCAGAGGGCCAGAGAUGUGUCCUCUCACUGGACGUGUUUAUUUUGCCUCAGCAGUACUUUCAGCUCAUCAAAGUGAAGAUCUUUAUUGAGGAUGUGAACGACAACAGGCCAAAGUUCCCUGUGGAUGAGAUCUGUAUGUCUGUCCCAGAAAAUACACUCAUCAAUGCUCGUUAUGCGGUAGAGCAGUCUGCUGUUGACCCCGACCUGGGUCCUUAUGGAGUGCAGACCUACUGGCUUGUUAAUGACUUUGGUAUGUUCACACUGGACGUUGAGGAGAAUGAGGGAGGUGAGCUGACACCCUUUCUCAUUGUGACAGAGGCUUUGGACAGAGAGACCCAGGCUGAAUACAUUACAGAUAUCAUUGCAGAAGACGGAGGGACCCCUCCUCUACUCGGUGCCGCUACUUUGAAAAUCGUCAUCACAGACGUGAACGAUAACUGCCCCCAAUUCACAGAGUCACAAAUUAAUGUCACUCUGCAUGGGAAUACCAGCAAAGGGGCACAUUUGGCACGUUUGCAUGCUUUUGACCCUGACCUUGGUGCUAAUGCUCAGAUCAGCUAUGCUUACAGUGAACGUGUGCCAAGGGACACCAGGAGCUUGUUCCAUUUGGACAGAAUCACAGGAGUGAUCAAGCUAGCAGGAAAAAUAGACCCUGGCACAGCCACAUUUUACAAGCUAACUGUUCUGGCCAAUGGACCUGGUUGUAUCCCUGCUGUUGCCACUGUUACUGUCAAUAUUAUCAAAGUUGUUACAGGACCCCCUAAAGUCAUAACUCGAUACAUUGCACCAGAAAAGGAUGGAGUGGUGACAAUAAAAGAGUCUGAGCCAGCCUUUUCUCCAAUAGCUUUUUUUACUGUCAAAAAUAUUGAUAUAAACCAAAGGGUGCAUUGCCAUUUGGAAGGGACUGGUCCCUUCAGGCUUGGCCCCUAUCAGCCAUUUAAGAAUGAAUAUCUGUUGGAGACUACAGAGCCCUUGGACUAUGAGAAAACACAGGAGUAUGAGAUAACUGUGGUUGCCAAGAGUACUCGAGAUCUUGUAAUCAAGACCUUCCUUAAGGUGCAGGUGCUGGAUGAGAAUGAUAAUGCACCAGUGUUUCAACAGUCUUUGGUUAAAAUAUCUGUUGAGGAGAACAAUCCGCCAAAUACCUUUCUGGCCCAGCUCCAAGCCACAGACCAGGAUAGCGAAAGCCGAGGGGACGUAAUCUACCUCCUUGGAGGUGAUGCCCCGGGAAUGUUUCUUGUUGAUCGUGUGACAGGUGUCCUGACUGUGGCCACAUCGCUUGAUCGUGAGGAGAAAGAGACAUACCGUUUCAUUGUGAGAGCAGUGGACCAAGGGACACCACGGAGAGAAUCGAUAGCAACUGUGGUGUUGACCGUUCAAGACCGCAAUGACAACAGUCCACGCUUCAUCAAUAAGGACUUCACAUUCUUUGUGCCUGAGAACUUCCCAGGGUAUGGUGAGAUUGGGGUCCUCUCUGUGACCGAUGCUGAUGCUGGGGAAAAUGGCUGGGUGGCCCUUUCCAUCGUCAAUGGCAGCGACAUCUUCAUGAUAGACACAGGCCGAGGGGCGCUGAGGGCCAAGACAUCACUGGACCGUGAGCAACAAGGGACAUACCAGCUUUGGAUUGAAGCCGUUGAUGGUGGGGAGCCUGCACUUUCCAGUAUUACUAUGGUGACUGUGCUACUGUUGGAUGUAAAUGACAACCCACCUAUUGUCCUCUUCCCUCAGUCCAAUCAGUCUUACAUGCUAGUACUACCCAAUACACUACCAGGAACAUCAAUCACAGAGGUCUACGCUGUGGAUAAGGAUACAGGCAUGAAUGCUGUGAUUGCCUAUAGUAUCAUUAAGAGGAAAGGUGGCGAGCCAGGGUCAUUUGCCAUUGACCCAGAGACAGGAAAUAUCACAUUAAAGAGGGAGCUCAGCAACAGGGGGCUCUACAGCCUCCUGGUAAAGGUCAGUGAUCACGGUCAACCUGAACCGCUUUACUCAACAAUAAUGGUUAACUUCUUUGUGAAUGAAACAGUGAGCAAUGAGAGCUACAUUCAGAGCCUACUGACCAGAGAGGCUGACAUUGAAGUAGAGGAGAGGCCUUGGCACAUUGGCCAGAUGAGAGAGGGACCUGAGAGGUAUGAGGUGUUCCACUGUCAGCCUGUUCUCAUUGCUCUUUCAGUUACAAGUCUGGGACUGUUCUUUUUGGUUGUUACACUGACAUCUUACAUAUGUUGUAAGAGAUUUAAAAAGCACAGAAAGAAAAGAUCAGAAGUCGAGAUACCUUUAAAAAUGAAGAAUGAUUCAAAGCAGGUUGUGAACAGAAAGCUCAGGCAGAUCUCAAACAUCUGAUUUUCUGUUGUCCACACAUCCAAAACCACCACUGUUUACAUGAAUGUUUACAAAACUCACUGUGAAAAGUGUAGUUCUUACAUGAAGUUGCUCUUUUUGCUUUUGUCAUAUGAUUGCUAUUACUGCAAUAUAUUGUGAUUUGACUUAUAUGCCAUCAAUUACUAUAAUUUAAAAAGGAACACACUAUCAGUCUCUAAUAUCUAUGAAUCAUGACAUUUAUUCAAAUGAAAAGAGUCAGAUCACCAAAAUAAAGAAUAAAUUAGUAUUGAUAUCAGUGUAAUACGAACUUCAUUACAAAGUCAUAAGAGCAAUUCUUUACAGAGUACUCAGAGUCUAAGAUCCUAUGUAAAUAUUGUACAAAAUGUUUUACAACUUUAUACAAAACUUUUGUAUUGCAUGAAAAGAACAAAAGACAGUUCAAGGCACAACAAAUAUUUCUUUCUUCAUUGUCAUUUCAGAAAAUUUCUAUCCUUUUACACUACCCCAGUCAGUUAUGUGAAAAAAUGAUGAAAAGUGAUUAGAAAUCUAUUUAUUUAACAAAUGAAUCUUUAUCUCUAUCCAUAAAAUAACCAUACAUUUUAAAAUUCAUCAAUGCAGAAAAGACUGAGCAAAGUGUAUUUAUUCAAGGCAUUUUAAUCCUGCUAUAUUUAGAAAGUUCAACAUGUCAAUACACAUCAAAUUCAAUAGGUGUGUCAUGCAUGUAAAAUUUUUAAAUCUUAUUUUCAUGACACUGAAUAACUUUAAUUAUGUCCAAACCUCUGCCAUUAUGCUGCAAAUUACAUACAUCAUUGUCCUUUAUACAAUCAUGCAAUUCUCAAUGUGUCUGUAAGUGUUUGUGAAAGAAA